CCAGGAAACAAAGAAGGCCGCCCUAGUUUUGAGUUUCAGCAGAGAGAAGACGGAGAGAAAACAAGGCUAGCGCCGGCUAAUCUCUGCUUGGCUUGCGGGGCGUGGGCGGUUGCCACGGCAACGGGUGUACUUAAGCGACAAAGAGAGAGAAAGAGAGUAAAUAGUUCCUGCGACACAAGAAGCAAGAACAGCUAUGACGUCCGUGUCCCUCCUGCUGUCCCUCCUGCUGGGUGUGGCUGAUGUUCGAGGAGGGUCAGAGUUCAGAAUCUGUGCCUUCAAUCUUCAUCAUUUCGGGGAAUCCAAAUCUAACAAGAACGAGAUCAUGAUAACUCUGGCCAGGAUCAUUACUCGCUGUGACGUGUGUUUGCUUCAGGAGGUCAGAGACCGUAAAGGAACAGCCGUAUCAAAGCUGCUUCAAACGAUCAGAAGGUAUGACACGAGGAACCAGUAUGACCUUUUGGCCAGUGAGAGGCUGGGCAGGAAGGGGUCAUACCAGGAGCAGUACGUGUUCGUCUACAGGACCAACACUGUGAAGGUUACUGAUCGGUAUCAGUACCCAGAUAAUAUGCCAGGAGAUGAAGACGCUUUCUCCAGAGAACCUUUUGUUGUUCGCUUCAAAGCCCCAAAGACCUCUAUACAGGAGUUUGUUCUCAUCCCUCAACACACCACUCCGACCAACGCCACUAAAGAGCUGGAUGCCCUGUAUGACGUCCUGCAGAACGUGAGAAGGAUGUGGAGAACUGAGAACGUGAUGCUUCUCGGGGACUUCAACGCCGACUGCGGUUACUUGGCAAAGAAGAACCGGGACAAAGUGCGUCUGAUUACAGACAGGAGCCUCCAUUGGCUGAUAGGAGAGGACAGCGACACCACCGUGAAACACAGCACGUCCUGCUCCUACGACAGGAUUGUCAUCCACGGAGAAAAGUUUAACGGAGCAGUUGUCCCUUCCUCAGCCCAGCCAUUUAACUUCCAACAGGAGUACAGACUAACAGAAGAACAGGCGCUAAAUGUGAGCGACCAUUACCCAGUGGAGGUCCUGCUGAAGGUCAGCAGUUCCAGAUCCUUCAAUGGAGUCACUUCCUUUACAAGCAGCUUCACUGCGUUUCAGUGUUUCUGCCUUAUAAUCUGUCACCUGUUGUCAUAGCAACUGGACAGCGAAUGUAUUGAGAUGUUUUGUAGCUCACCUCUCUAUUUCAUUAAAUAUGCUAAAAAAUAAAAGCGAAUCACAUACUUGCUUCGGUAUUUCAAAGAAAUUUUGAACACAUUCAACCUGAGUUCAACUUUAAAACCUUUUGAUUUCUAGUUCUAGAAAAUGAAAUAAUAUGCAUGGUUUUUUUUUCUCUCUAACUCUUGUUUUUCUUUGGUGUUGUACUUUCCACUGUUUGAAAAUUCCUCCAUUUUUUUUCUCACUUUCGUCAUUUUAUCCAUAGAGAUAAAAUAAAUAUCUAUUAUUUUUUUUUAAAUAUUAUUUAUUUUUUGCACCAGAAAUACUUCAGUUCUGUAAAUAAAAGUUGGACGUUCUUAGCUACUUUUUGUGGAUACAUUUUCUCUUCAGUGAAUCCUCAGCACCUUCAGAGUGAUUAAACUAUAUUUAUCUAGUAACCCUGGGAUUAUAUCUGAAUAUAAAAGUACAAGAUUUUAAUCUUUGUGGCUCCACUUGACUUCAAAGUGCAAUGCUUCUUUCAGACACGGCUAAACAAGAUAAAAGUAAUUAUGAAGACAUUUUAUGACUAAUGGAAAUGGAAUAAAACCUAAAAGACAAGUAUCUAAAAUGGUGUCAAAUAGAUAUAUUUUUUUUCAUUGCAUUGGGAGCCACAUUUAAACACUCCUCCCUAUAUAAUAUAUAGAAAGUGAUUUAAUGUUGGGAACACAUAUGAUCCCCUAACCUAACAAUUUACUAAAGAUUAUAGGUGGAAAAAUUCAGUGCGUUAUUUUGCGGUUAUGAAAAGUUUAUGAGUGAAAAAGACAGACAUGUACAGUAACCAUGUGCCUCUGGAGUUGGAGGGGAACUACGCAUCAUUUUUACACAGGAACCUGUGCCCAGAACCUCCAGGUUCUGGCCACCUGACCCAGAGCCUACAACCAUAGAGCUGCAGGCGCUACUGCUUAAGACGACCAAAUCCCGCUGCACAUCUACAUGUUAAAGUCGUCAAAACCAAGCUAGCACAACUGACCUCCCUCACUCCCUCGCUAUUUUAUUAGUUCUAACUUUUUACUGACAUGAUACCAUUGGACCCAACAUUAAAAUAUGUUGUGCUUUGUAUUCGAUUUUGGAGGACAUUAUUUUUUGUUUCCCU